AUGAUGGAUUCAACCAAUGAAUCUCUUCCCGGGUUGCCUUCAAAGCAUCUUCAUGACCAUUUUUCGCGGCUAACAACGGGUUCGGCUGGGCCUGUGAAUCUGGACGUGAGAGAAUACUUCAAUCAGCCCGAUUUUGAAGAUGCCGAGCCAUGGCUUCUUAAACCCGAGGUUCCAUCCACGGAAGAAAUCCUGAGCAUCGACUCAAACAAUUGCAUUGAUUUGAUACCUAACCGGAUCAUCGGUCCCUGGAGAUCCGAAAGUGCGUACCUAGAGGCUCAUUAUGAGCUGCUUAGGGAGGACGCCAUUGCUCCUCUGAGGGAUGCAGUUGCCUAUGUCAGAGAGGAUCCGAGCAUGGAAGAUUCAAAGAUGGUAGCGAUUUAUGAAAAGGUCAGACUCCCUGCUAUGGCUUUAGCAGCGCGAGUACCAUCUAAUCCCCAGCGUUCACUGCAGGUCUACAUCACCGGCACCACUUUUGCACAGAGAGGUCUGGCUUUUCGAAUCCGGUUUUCAACUAUCAGGGCGGGUAAGAACAUUGCUUGGGAGUAUUCUUCACGGCUGAGAAGUGGCUCAAUUGUCGCAUUGUCGCCGGCGAGCGACGCGUUCAAAAGUCAAUGUGUCGUGGCAAUUGUUGCAGCAAGGCCCUUGGAAGGCGUGAAGCAGCAGCCCCCCGAGAUUGAUUUGUUUUUUGGGCGGCCGGAAGACGCGGAUUUUGAUUCUCAAAAAGAAUGGAUCAUGGUCCAAGCCAAGAACGGGUACUAUGAAUCCACAAGACAUACUAUGAAAGCUCUUCAAAGAAUGAGUCAGGAAAGGUUUCCCCUAGCCGAGCAUAUUUGCCUCUUGGAAACAAAUGUCGAUGCCCCCGCUUACGUGGAAGAGAGUCCGAUUGUUGAUAUACAACCGGAUGUUGAAAACUCCGGCAACGAGGGUCGAAUUGAUAUUCUCAGGGAUUGGCCGAGAAAGCCAAUCGGUGACCUCGACGCCACCCAGUGGAAAGCCUUGCAGCAGAUGCUCACGAAACGCCUCUCCAUAAUCCAGGGCCCUCCUGGUACGGGAAAGACACAUGUAUCGGUUGUGGCGCUAAGGAUCAUGCUUGCAAAUAUGAAACCUGAUGACCCUCCGAUCAUUGUAUCUUCUCAAACAAAUCACGCGCUGGACCAGCUUCUGAAGUACAUAUCAAGCUUCGAGAAGCGAUACAUCCGGGUGGGAGCUCGAAGCACCGAUAUUGAGAUCAAAAAGAGGACACUAUUUUCCAUUCGACAAAACCGACCGUCUGUGAAUGUUCAAGGGGGCUUGAUGGGACCGGCAAGAAAAAAGUUGAGGAGUAUGGUUCUGCCGAUGAUAGAAUUGUUGCAAGCAUUUAACGCCGAGAAUGCAGGCAGGCCACUUCCGUCUUCCUUUUUCGUUAAAAUCGGACUGUUAAGCCAAGAGCAGUCCAACGCACUUGUCCAAGGAGCCAAAGGCUGGAUCCGCUCGGGCCGAAAGGAUGACGUUGAUCCGCUGGCUGUGUGGCUUGGCGAGAAAGUGGUGAAAUUCGAGGUGGAUUACAAGACGGAGAACUUCGGCUUCGCCGAGGACGAAGUCGAUCUUGAAUACGAGCAACUUAAAGAACUUGAAGCCGAGCAAGGAAUAGAUGAUGACGACUUUGAGGUUCUCCAAGGCCAGUUCAUAUCCUUAAAAGAAGGGUAUUGCGGCCAGGACAGCUCGUUGCCCGAUGCAGUUUGUCAAGGAUACCUCAGGUCCCAUGACUUCUGGAAGAUACCAGUUAGAGCGCGGGGGGCUGUCUACAAUGCUCUAAGAAAAGCAGCCAAAGCCAAGGUUCUCGAGGCGUUUCGCAAACUAGUUGCCGUUUACACAGAGACUACAAAAGAUCUUCAGAUUGGCAAAUUUGAAAGAGACCAUCACAUUCUCCAGGAUGCCAGAGUCAUUGGGGUGACAGCCACAGGCCUGAGCAAGUACCGGGGAUUAAUUUCGACCGUAAACCCAAGAAUCAUUUUGAUCGAAGAAGCAGCCGAGGCGAUCGAGGCACCCAUAACGACCGCUUGCUUUGAGUCCGUCCAACAGCUGAUUCUGGUUGGCGAUCACCAGCAGCUCAAGGGAAGUUGUUCAGUCCAGGAUCUUGAGGGCGAUCCGUUCUUCUUGGACGUCUCAAUGUUCGAGCGUCUUCUCCACAACGGCCUAGAAUAUACUACGCUGAGAAGACAAAGGCGUAUGGCGCCCGAGAUACGCGCGUUGUUGGAACCGAUCUAUGGCGGGUUGCAAGACCACGAGUCCGUCCAGAAUCGCCCUGGCAUUCCUGGCAUGGGCGAUAUGCGGUCGUUUUUCUUUUCUCACAAAUGGCCAGAAAGCAGCGAUAGCUUGGCAUCAAAGUUCAAUGAGGCGGAGGCGAAUAUGGUCGUGGGCUUCUUCGUUCACCUUGUGCUCAACGGGACGCGGGUCGAGGACAUUACCAUCCUUACAUUCUACAAUGGCCAGAGAAAGAGGUUGCUUAAAUUACUGAAAGGCAACUCGUAUCUUCAAGGUCAUUACGUGAAUGUAGUGACGGUUGACUCGUACCAAGGCGAAGAGAACGAAGUUGUUCUCCUGUCACUCGUGCGCAGUGGCAAGUCCACUGUCGGAUUCUUGUCUGUCGAAAACAGGGUCUGCGUAGCUCUGUCGCGCGCGAAAAGGGGGUUCUAUAUCUUCGGAAACGCCAUGUCGCUUGCUUGUGCAGAUCCGUUAUGGUGGAGAGUCAUUAACAUCAUGGGCACCGAUCAACCGCGGCGCCUGGGGUUCUAUCUGCCCCUAACAUGUGUCAAGCACGGCAGGAAGGUGUUUAUCCAGGGUGUCGAUGUCGAUGGCUCUCGCAGAGAAGCCUUGAGACGGUAUCAGGAAUUUGCCAAUGGAGGUGCGCAGCAGGCCGACGAGCAACUCCUGAAAAUAAUCGAUUCGAUGAUGCCCAAAGCACCGGCACCAGCACCCUCGAGGCCACCAGUCAACCUGCUGGACGAUAACCGGAAGGAACGGCUGACUGAACAGUCUGUGAGAACUGCCGCCCUCACUGGAUUCUUCCGGGCCUAUGAUGGUACCUGCUCCGCAUAUGAUUUAAUCGGUCAGCAAAAUGUGGCCAUCAAGAAAAUGAUGACCCCGUUUGCCAGUACGGCUCUUGCUAAGCGUACUUACCGAGAGGUUAAGCUGUUGAAGCAACUCCGGCACGAGAAUCUCAUCUGCUUAUCGGAUAUCUUCAUUUCGCCCCUAGAAGACGUAUACCUAGUCACGGAGCUUCUAGGGACAGACCUCAAUCAACUAAUGAGGGCGAAACCGUUGGAUGCCAGAUUUGCACAGUUCUUUAUGUAUCAAAUAAUGCGAGGAUUGAAAUACAUACACUCAGCCGGUGUGAUCCAUCGGGAUCUCAAGCCGAGUAACCUGCUUAUCAACGAGAAUUGUGAUCUGAAAAUUUGUGACUUCGGCUUGGCUCGCGUCAGGGAACCCCAGAUGACGGGCUACGUCUCAACGCGAUAUUACCGGGCGCCCGAAAUCAUGCUAACGUGGCAACGAUAUGAUGACGCCGUCGACAUAUGGAGCGUGGGUUGCAUCUUCGCCGAGAUGCUACGGGGCAAACCACUGUUUCCCGGGAAGGAUCAUAUCAACCAGUUCUACUUGAUCACUGAUAUUAUCGGCAAUCCUCCAGACGAAGUAAUAGAGAGGAUUACGAGCGCAAAUACGCGACGGCUUGUCAAUUCAUUGCCAAAGAAAGGCUCGCACCAGCUGAGAAAUGUGUUUUCGGGGUUUGAUGAUCAUGCCGUCGAUCUCCUUGAGAAGACGCUAGUAUUUGACCCGGAAAAGCGAAUAUCUGCCGAGGAGUCUCUGAAGCACCCCUAUUUAGCGCCUUAUCAUGAUCCCAACGACGAACCUGCGGCAGAAAAGGAGUUCGACUGGUCAUUCAAUGACGCCGAUCUGCCCAAAGAUACGUGGAGAUUCAUGAUUUACAGUGAAGUUUUGGACUACCAUAGUGCUGGUGGGAAUGCCCAACCAGAACUAGACCAGGACGACAUCUCCAGCAACAUAGACCUCUUUCUACAAGAAAUCGGCUGCGAAUGA